UGUUAUAGGAAAAUUUCAUCAUCCUUUGGAUUUGCCGCGAUAUAGGUGGAAGCAAAUUCACACGCGGGGCUUACAAUGGCUAAGACGAAAAAACAAAACAAAAAGAAUGGUCCUGUUUCUAUGGACAUGGAUGCCGCCACACACCAUUCACCUUCUAACGAAAUCGCUGAAGCCAUGGACACAUCAGAAGUUGCUGCUUCAAAUCUCAAGCUUGGUGUGGUAAAGAGAAAUAUUGGGAAGAAGUCGGCACCAAAAAGGAGAAGUCAAACAGUAAGAAAAGCCAAAGCACUAGAGAAGGCUUUGUCAAAUAAUGAGAAAAUACAGGAGAAAGUUGUCAAGAAUCAGAACAAGGCACAGAGAACUAAUACCUUAAAGUCACUUUACUAGUUUAUCAUUGAAUACAGGCUUCUCUGACCGACCACAUGCAGUUGCAACACCAUUUUUUGGGUUGUAAUCAUAACAGGCUUGAAAUUGGGAUGUUUUAGAACAAUUAAUAUUGGGAAAGAUUGUUUUCAACAAUUUUUUUUUUGAAGGAUUAGCAUACAGAGUAUGUUAAAGGCUUCAUGGAAGACAUCCUUGACAGUUUUUGAAGUUAAUAGUCUCUAAUUUUUCUGGUUUUUUUAUCCAAUUGAAUGCUAAGCUUAGUGAAAAAGAAAUUUCAUAUCGCAAUGGAGCUUGCCUCCUGAACAGAUAAAGGUCUUUUACAUAUUGAACAUGUUGCUAGUGUUACUUGUAUCUAUAUUCAGUUAUUGGUGAAAAUUCGGUCUCAAUUCUAGAACUUAACUUGCUCUGCAAUGACAUUAUGAAUUCAAUUGGAAGAUGGAAUUAGAGGUUUA